AUGGCCCCUCAUAUGGGUACCCAUGCUGCUCAACCUGGCACAUCAUCUGGGCUAGGUCAGAAAGCUAAACAAACCAAGUUGCUUGCCAAGAUGGCAAGUCUACUCACUGGUCCAGUGACUCGGAAGCCUGAAGAAACUCCACUUGUUCUGCCAGAGACAGAAAUGGAUCCUGUGGUUCUCAAGAAGGGUGUUAACGAGGCUUGGGAAGAUGUCCCUAAACCUGAUGACAAUUGCUUUCCCCAAUCUCCUUCACAAUCCACACCAAGUUGUCAUACCCAGCCUGAUCUUACAUCUGCUCGCUUGUGUGACAGCUGGAAAGCUCUUAUUCCUACACUAGUUGAGAUCCAACUAGACUACACUGCGUGA